AUUGACAGGUCAGAGUGCCGUCUACAGUGAAGGAGAAAUGAAAACUAAAGCUUGUCGCCGAGAGUCUCUCUGAAUAUUACUGAAAAAUUGAUUUGCUUCUGUUGAUUCUGCAUUACACAGCAGUUAGACGAUCAAAGGAUGUAGCUAUAUUUAACAGUCAUUUACGCCUUGAAGCCUUUCCAGUCGAGACGAUAAUGCUUAAAACGAAGCUGCCCAUGAGACCGCGGAGGCAGGAGAUGAUACGGCCGAGGAACAGCCGGAUCUCCAUAUUCCCAGAUCGGUCUCUCCCACGAUCUCGGACAGGCUCGAAGAUUCAUCCAGACACCCAGGAUAUCCAUCUCAAUUGGACAAAGAGACCGUUUUCGAGUGGUUUGGUUUGCAUCUAAAUCCUGCCAAGCGGAUCGAGUUAAUGUGCGGACUGCUGCAUAUGUGCCAGCCGCUCGAACUCCGGUUUUUGGGCUCCUGUCUGGAAGACUUGGCACGGAAAGAUUACCCGAUUCUACGGGAUGUCGAGAUCAGGGCGAACUGUCCGAAUGAUUUGGGCAUUUUAUCUGAUGUUAUCGACCCGGUGGUGCGCUCCAAACUGCUGGUCUGCUUAUCUCUUCUGCGAUCUGACAGCAGGGAGUGUGCGGGAAUACUAUUUCAGAUAUUGAACCAUAUGGAUCCCUCCUUGUUCUACAAAAACUAUCCCGGUUAUUCUGUUUCUCCCUUCAGGGACCCGUUCCAUCCUUCGCGUGUGGACGGGAAAACGUUCAGGAGAACAGAGCAUAUUUGCGGGCGUCCAAUAGAGGAAGCAGUCGGACCCUUGGAGCAGUUUGCGUUGCUUUUUACUAUGGCUUCGUUGCAUCCAGCGUUUCCUUUUCAUCAAAGAGAAACCCUUCUAGUGCAUCUGGACAAAAUCAAAUUUGCCACAGAGGAUAGACAGCAGAAUCCGUACAGAAUAAACGCCCAGGCCCAGGAAGCAGAGUACCUGGGCCCAGCUGCCGUCACCACUGAAGCCAGUCUGGAUGAGAGGACGCAGGGGCAGAGACAGUGUGCCAGCCAGACACCCCCCAGCUGCAGGACCCAGAGGGAAGCUGUACAUAUAGAGAAGAUUGUACUGAAGGGGAUGUCACAGAGCAGGACAGACAGGGAAUACAAUUUUGAGACCAGGUGUAACCACGCCAGCCCAGGACCUCCACAUCCGGCCUCUUUACCUGAGGGAUCAUCUGAGACCUGCCACCUGGACAGCUGA